CCAUGCUCUACCACAAUCAGACAGCAGAGCUCCGGGAGCUGCUGGAGUUCGCACAUAUGUACCUGCAGUCCGAUGACGAGAUGGAGCUGGAAGAGACAGUGUCACCUGUGGAGCCCAAGGAUCCCCCAUCCGAUGCCGAGUUCGAGGGGGAGGGGGACUACGAGGAGGGCAUCUAUGCUGACUGGUGGCAGGAGCCGGAUGCCAAGGGUGAUGAGGCAGAGGCCGAGCUGGAGCCUGAACUAGCAUGAGAUGAGAGCCACCCUUGUAUCCUGAAGAGCUGGAGAAGCCUGGGCCCAGUGGUACCACCCUCACCAGCCUGGGCAGCAGCAAGAACUAUUUAUUAAAAAUGUAAAACGGACAUAGCUGACCAGGCCCCAUCUGAUCUCUUCGGGUCCCUCCUGUCUCCUGUCUGGGUCUCUGGACCCCAAGUUGGUGGUGCUGCAGCUGCUGAUGGCCCGACCUCCCCCGCCCCCCACCGUGCUCUCCUCACCUGGACGGUCUCCUGAAGGAGAAGGUUCCUGCCCCUCCAAGUUGGGGUCUCAGCCUGAAUUUCAGAGACAGCAGAGGGGCAGCCGAUGUCAUGAAGAGCACCGGACCAGGAGUCCAGCGGUUCCUGGCACACUGGCAGUGGGUGCUCAAUAAAUGUUUCUUGUUGAAUGAAUUGCA